UCCAUACAAAAGUCGUGAAUUUCGGCGCCGGCGCACACUCUACGCCGGUCGCUCGGUACGCGGUAAACUGUUGUGAUAAAAUGAUAACGAAAGUGAUUUUCGUUUGUGUCUGUGUUGUGGGUGCUUUGGGAAAAGUCACACCGGACUACUUCCCUCAAUGCAAAAGAAGCGACCCACAGAUCGAGAAAUGCGUCCUGGACGCGAUAGAAGCCAUCAAGCCUCGCCUGAAGACUGGGAUCCCAGAGGUGAACGUCCCAGCCCUGGACCCCUUCACAGUGCCCACUCUUAGGCUGGACAAGACAGCCCCCAAUCUUAGAUUGAAGGCCACGGUGAAACACGCUAAGGCUUUCGGAGGAACUAACUUUGUCAUCGAAAAGCUAAGGUUGAACCUGAACAACAAGUACGCAGCAGAAAUCAAGAUUGUGCUGCCUAAGUUGGCAGUGAUUGCUGACUACGACGUGCGAGGGUCCCGCCUGCUGACACUUGACAUCAGCGGGAAAGGAAAACUGAGAGGAAACUUCACUGGCAUUACCGUCGUGGCCAAGGGGAUCGGUAAGCCGGUCGAGAAAGACGGAGUAGAGUACCUUCAGGCAGAGAAGGUGGUCACCAGGGUGAAGAUCAACCAUGGUCAGGUGGCAUUCGAUGACACGGAACGGCCUGUCGCUGCCGCCUCAGCAGCCACCUUCUUCAACGCGAGUCCAGGAGUAGUGCUGGACAUCCUCAACCCUCUAAUCGAGGAGACCAGCGCGGCGGUCAUCAAGGCGUUUGUCAACAAGAUACUUGGAGCUAUACCUAUUAAUGAAGUAUUGGUUGACUGGAAACCAACACCAUGCCACUACAGUGAUCCGAAUGUAGCCGAGUGCAUCCAACGCAUGGCGGAGCAAGCGCGCCAUCUGCUGGCGCAAGGGGUUCCAAGCCUGAACAUCCAGGCUCUGGAACCGCUGAAGGUCCCCAGCAUCAGGCUACGGCAGCACAACAUGCCGAAGAACAAGUUCAAAUAUGACGCGUGGCUGUCCGAUAUCAUGCUGAGGGGACUGACGAAUUACACCUUCAAUAAUUUGGACGUAUACCCCGAAGACCUCAGAGUAACCGCAAACAUAAGUCUUCCGAGAUUGGAGAUGACAGGCGACUACGUGGUGCUGGGCGAAUUCCAGAUGCUUCCAGUGGAGUCCACUGGAAAACUCUCAGCCAAUUUCACUGCUUUAGAAGCUUUGGGUGCUCGGGUCCACAAGCGGAUGGUCAUCAGGGAUGCUACGGUACACCUGCGCUGCUUGGGCGAUCUGAAGGCCAGCCUUGAUGAUGCGCAUUCUACGACAGACAAAAUGGAGAUGAUAACAGACCACAUAGCUGCUAUGCACUCAGAGGAUAUCAUCAAGGAGAUCCAGCCAGCCGUGGAGACCUCUCUGGCGAUGGUGCUGGAAGACGUGGCCAACAAGUUCCUCAAGCACAUACCCUCGGAAAUGUCCAAUGUGGAAGAAAGUGUCGGAGGGUUCAUAUGCCCGCGGGAGGAGAAAGCCUUGGGGCGCUGCCUACGCGAUGCCCUGAAUACCUACAUUCCAAGAUUGUCUACAGGGGUGCCAGAGUACGGUGUGCCGCCGUGCGAGCCGCUCAUGGUGCCAGCGUUGUCGGUGCAGCAGUCCGCCGGGCCUAUCUCCGUCACGUCCUCGUACAGUGACGUCACCGUGCGGGGCCCUUCGAAGAUGAGGGUCAAGGAUGUCCAGGUAGACUCAAAGAAGCAUAGAGUGGUGGCUAAGAUAUUCAUCCCAGAAUUGAGGAUGAAGGGAAACUACAAGCUUUCAGGGAAACUCCUGAUGCUGCCUAUUGAGGGCGAGGGAAAAUUCUCCGCCAAAUACGGUGACAUCGACGCUCUAGUGACGAUAGUGUUGGGUCGCAAGCACCAGCCCAACCACUUCGACACUCUCACUUGCGAGGACUUGGACGUCAAGUUCCACAUGGGAUAUGCGUCUAUGGAGCUGGAAAAUUUGUUCGGAGGGGACAAUGAAUUAGGCAACUCAAUGAACAAAUUCCUGAACGAGAACUGGCAGAAACUGGCUGGGGAACUGCAGGCGCCAAUGGAGGAGGCUCUUCACGACUUCCUGAGGCCCCUGGCUGAUCAUGCCUUCGCCACCCUCAACGCUGAUGAUAUACUGUCCUCGUGAAAGUAGGAGAUAUAAGUUAUUUAUUUAUUUAAUAAAUUAUUUAAGUUUUUA